AUGGCGGACACAGAACCAGCUGCAAUCAUCACACAAGGGCUUGAUCCCAAGUCCGGGACAUCACACUCGGAAUCAGAUUCGCCCGUUCAUGGCACCUGGGGCUCCAAAGAUGGCAACAUCUCAAAUAGCGAGUGGAACGACCCUGAGGCGAAUAAGCUGCCCGAGAAGGUAGCAGAGCUCGAAGAGAAGGGCGAGAUCAACGAUACACCGCCGCAAGAGAGGAAAAAGGUUGUGGUCGUGGGGUUGGGUAUGGUGGGCAUCGCGUUCAUCGAGAAACUCAUGAAGUACGAUGUGAAGCGGAGGGAGUACGACAUCGUAGUCAUAGGCGAAGAGCCACAUCUGGCGUACAACCGCGUAGGAUUAACGAGUUUCUUCCAACACAGACAGGUCGAGAACCUGUAUUUGAAUCCAAAGGAGUGGUACUCGUCCAUGCCUGAAGGCUCCUUGAACUACCAUCUCAACACUCUCGUUACCGAAAUCGACUCUGCGAACAAAUCCGUCAAGACAUCAUCUGGUGAGACGGUAUCAUACGACCUCCUCGUUCUCGCAACCGGCUCUGAUGCCCUGCUCCCUCGACACACACCCGGUCAUGAUGCAGAAGGUGUGUUUGUCUACCGCACAAUCGAUGACUUGCAGCGCCUUAUCGAGUUCUCUGCAACACGCAAAGGCACAGCAGGCGCCGUCGUUGGCGGUGGCUUGUUGGGUCUCGAAGCUGCACACGCCAUGAUGGAUCUUGAGAAUUUUGCCCAGGUCAAGCUCAUCGAGCGGAACCGAUGGGUGCUCUCACGGCAGCUUGACGGCGAUGCAGGGUCCAUGGUUGUAGAGCAGGUGCGCGCAAUGGGUCUGGACGUCAUGCUAAGCAAGAGGGUCGGCAAGAUCCUCACUACCGAAGAGAACGCUGUACGCGGUGUUGUGUUCGAGGACGGAGAAGAGAUGGACUGCUCCUGCAUCUGUUUUGCGAUUGGAAUCAAGGCUCGUGAUGAGCUUGCUCGCAAGGCGUCCAUCAAAUGCGCGGAUCGCGGCGGCGGUAUCAUCGUUGGUGCCGACCUCUCGACUUCCACGCCAGGCAUCUACGCCAUCGGUGAAUGCGCGAGUUGGGAAAACCAGACAUUCGGACUCAUCGCACCUGGAGUGGAGAUGGCUGAUGUCCUCGCCUUCAACCUCACACGAGCCAAAGCGCAUGCGCCACGGAAGUUCAAGCGUCCAGACUUGAGCACUAAGCUGAAGCUGCUCGGUGUUGAAGUGGCAAGCUUCGGGGACUUCUUCGCGGACCGUGAUGGGCCGAAGGACAUGCCUGGACGCCAGAAACCGGAAAAGAAAGAGGUGGAUAAGGUCAAGAACCUUACCAGUGGACCUGCUGCGCCACCGGUCAAGGCGCUCACCUACAAAGACCCGUUCCAGCAAGUGUAUAAGAAGUAUCUGUUUACUAUGGACGGAAAGUACCUGCUCGGAGGUAUGAUGAUUGGCGACACAAAGGACUACAUCAAGUUGGUGCCGAUGGUCAAGAACCAAAAACCACUGGAGAUGCCUCCAGCUGAGCUCAUCAUCGGUGCAUCAAAAAGCGGCGACGACGACGGCUCGGAUCUGACUGGCGACACACAAAUCUGCUCCUGCCACAAUGUGACGAAAGACGAUGUUGUCAACUCGGUGAAGGACGGAACCUGCAAAUCCAUCGGCGAUGUCAAGUCUUGCACAAAGGCUGGUACUGGAUGCGGUGGUUGCAUGCCCCUUGUGCAGACUAUCUUCAACAAGACAAUGGCGUCGAUGGGUAACGAGGUCAAGAACAAUUUGUGUCCACAUUUCGAGUACUCGCGCGCUGAUCUGUUCAACAUCAUCUACGUCAAGGGUCUCAAAGAUUUCGACGUCGUAAUGAGGGAGUGCGGCCGGGAGCCCGAGUCUGCGGGUUGCGAGGCGUGCAAGCCGGCCAUUGGAUCUAUCAUCGCUUCGUUGUUCAACAAGCAUCUGCUUGAUGUUGAAAGGCGAGGUCUACAAGAGACGAACGACAGGUUCCUGGCAAACAUCCAGCGCAACGGCACUUUCUCCGUUGUGCCACGGGUUUCUGGCGGAGAGAUCACACCCGAGAAACUCAUCAUCAUCGGUACAGUCGGCAAGAAGUACAACCUCUACACCAAGAUCACCGGUGGUCAGCGUAUCGACAUGUUUGGUGCUCGGAAACAGGACCUGCCCGACAUCUGGCAGGAGCUGAUCGAUGGUGGUAUGGAGUCUGGACACGCAUACGCCAAAUCGCUGCGCACAGUCAAAUCGUGUGUGGGAACUACAUGGUGCCGUUUCGGUAUCGGUGACAGUGUUGGCAUGGCGGUGCGUCUGGAAGAGCGCUACAAGUCCAUUCGCGGACCCCACAAGAUCAAGGGCGGCGUUUCAGGUUGUGUACGCGAAUGCGCGGAAGCACAGAACAAGGACUUUGGUCUCAUCGCGACAGAAAAGGGCUUCAACAUCUUCGUUGGCGGAAACGGGGGCGCGAAACCUCGUCACUCGGAGCUUCUUGCCAAGGACGUGCCACCGGAUGAUGUCGUGCCCAUCCUCGACCGCUACCUCUCCUUCUACAUUCGCACAGCAGACAAGCUCCAGCGUACAGCGCGCUGGAUGGAGAACCUGCCAGGAGGUAUCAAGUACCUUCAAGAGGUAAUCCUCGAAGACAAGCUCGGGAUCUGCGCAGACCUGGAGAAGCAGAUGGAAGACCUUGUCGGCUCUUUCUUCUGCGAAUGGACCGAAGUCCUCAAAGAUCCCAAGAAGAAAGCAUGGUUCCAGCAAUUCGCGAACACGUCCGAGAACAUCAUUGACACGAUUGAACCCACCCAGGAGCGCGGUCAAGAGCGACCAAGCUACUGGCCCAAGGACAGCAUCACAGAGGACUUCCGCGGGCACAAGUGGAGCGAGCUGAGCUGGCAGCCGAUGCUCAAGGCCGAAGAGCUCAAGGACGCGCCGACGGGCGACUCGAAAGCGCUGAAGCGCGGCGACACACAGCUAGCCAUCUUCAAGGUGCGCGGCAAGUACUACUGCACGCAGCAAAUGUGUCCGCACAAGCGGGCCUUUGUGCUCAGCGACGGGCUCAUCGGCGACGACAUCAAGAACAACAAACUCUGGGUCUCGUGUCCGAACCACAAGCGCAACUUCGAGCUCAGCGGCGAGCAAGCCGGCCGCUGCGCAAACGAUGAGUCGGUCAACAUUGCCACGUUCCCCGUCGAGGAGCGCGGCGACGGCUGGCUGUACGUCAAGCUGCCCAGCGUCGAGGAGCUCGACAGCGUCCUCGGCACCGAGAAGUUCAAGAUCAAGAAGAGCGAGACGGAGGAUCCGUUUAUUGCGCUCGAUAAGAAGCUCGAGCGCAUGAAGCUCAAGGGUAGGAAGGGAAUGCAGGUUAGCCAUCUCGAGAACGGACUCGGUGAGAAGGGGAAAGCUAGCAUGAUUCUCGCUGGUGGAGAGAGAGGCGCCGGCGGCUUGGACUGGUGA